AUGCCCGACAGAAGUCGAACAUAUAUGAGCAAGAGAAACCGAGCGUGUGACUACUGUCGGGCUAAGAAGGCGGCUUGCCGGAUCGACCGUGGCGCCCCUUGUUACCUUUGCACCUUGCAUAAGAAAGAAUGCACCUUCUUGCAUCCAGCAUCAAAGCCCCGCCGAUACUUGUUGAAGCAGACUUCUGGCAGCAAGACCCAACAAGACAGACCAGUCUCAUAUUCAGAACCUCAGUUUACAAGUUUGCCAGUGGUAAUGGAUGAGUCAGCUCAGUACGAGACUUUGAUGCCGACUGAUAACAACGGGGCCAAUGACGCCAUUCAGGCAUCCCCCGUAGGUCUCGAAUCUUUAUUUGAGAAUAAUAAUGAUGUUCUCUCUGAUGACUUCGAGGACGGCAUUUGGCAAACUGGAUUCAGCCCAGGAAACAUCUUUUUCCAUUCUCUUGAUAUGCCAUUAGAAGCACGUUCUAGGACCACAGACUCCUCCUUGCCUCCAGCUGGUGUUUUCUCACCAGUGCUUCCUUCGGGAAAUGAAACUGCUCCUCAUCUUGAUACACAAGAUGUCAUGACCCCUUAUUUACUUGGUAGUAGUGGGGACAUGGACCCUUCUUUAUUGAAUCGCUAUCAAUAUGGUGCCUCGGGGACAUUUCAUUUCAAAAAUCUCCGAAUCCAUUCUGUCACUCAAGAGAGUAGUCCAGUUCAAUUUUUGCUGUCCGAACAAUCCAUGUUUGCUGCCGGCAGAGAAGAGACUGGUUGUACAGAGCUUUCUUUGCGUGACUUGCAACAGGAACUUGAGUCAUUAGUCUCACCAGAUAUUGGUUUACGCUUGAUUGAACUUUAUAAAAGAAUCAUUGCGCCACAUUAUCCGAUAUUCUUCUCACAUGAUCAACCCAAUCCAAACAACAGCCCACCAUACCUUCUUGCAAGUGUUUACUUGAUAGUGCAGCCGUUCACCAAGUUCGAUGAUAAGCUGUGCGUGGACCUCGCAUACGACAGGCCGUCAGGCGCGGCCCUAUACAAAAUUAUCAACAAGGCGAUAAUGCAUGAAACACACGCCCCCAGACUUUCUAUCGUCCAGUCCAUGCUUCUUCUGGCUAUUCGACCAUUCUCAAAUCCAAUUUCGCUAGAAAGUGCCUUUAAGUGGUCUCAGCUCACUUCUCUUGUCGCAUGCGCUCACGCUCUCGGGCUACAUCUGGAUCCAACACUAUGGAAAAUCCCCCCUUGGCAAGUCGCCCAGCGGCGUUAUCUGUCAUACUGCAUCUACUCGGUAGACAAAUGGCUUGCUCUAAGUUUGGGACGACCACCUUUGCUCAACCUGGACACGUGGUUGGUGAAAAGCCCUAAUCGGGAUGAUCACCUCUUCAGCGAGCUAGAUCCGCUAGCUUGGUCAAGAAUAAUAAAGCAAGCAGAGCUUGUCUCUCUCCUGGACCGUGUUCUCGUCCAUUUAUACUCACCCCGUGCUAUGAGUAUAUUUUUAAUUGAUCAGAAACAAGUUCUGAAGUCAGCCGAGCUUCUACUUGAAUAUUUACACGAAUGGACUCGAGAUGUGGAUUUCGCAUCGCCAGGGCAAAGUCGACCUACGGCAUUGCAGAGGGUUGUCGAGAUGAACUAUCAUUAUAUUCACUUGACUAUAUGCCGCUCUAUCAUGCGACCGUUCAUCGAUUCCGAUUUAAACGAUGCUAUAAGCCCAGAUUAUGCUAUAGCAUGUGAGCAAGCUCGACGUAAAGCAAAAGAUUGCCUCAUAGCGGCGGCUGAGUUCAUCCAGGAUCUGCGGACUGAUGAUCUUGAAGUGCUUUGGCCGGCUUGGAGCGUGACCGGAUUCUCGUCAAUCUGUUUCCAAAUCCUGCUGAUGGCCGUGAGCUCUCCCAAUAGAUGUGAAGCUACAGAAUGGGUUGCAUGUCUACGUAAGGUGCGAAAAGAUAUGCGUCUCAAGGCCGAGGCUUUACCAUUUCUUCGUCUUGCCCUGCUAAGGAUCGACUCGAUAUUCUGGAAAGGCAUUCACAAUGUGUUGCUUUUGAAGGACCAUGUGUCGGACGCUUUUUCAUCUGGCUCGUGCUAA